CAGUGCGUCUCGUACGCGCAAUGGUUUGUUGGAGUUGCCAAGUACCUCGUAGUGAACACGAAUCUUGCGCCAGAUUUUUGGACUGUCUUUAUGGACUUGGUCAAAUUUGACUUGUCCAGUCGCGAUGUUGGCUUAAUGUAUUUCAAUGAUAACGAAUCUAUUUCGUAAAGACAACUGACGGGAUAGGCUACUCGGAAAGGGAACUCCCGACAACCCGAAGCAUGUGUACCUCUCCAGAGUUAUUUUUUUGCGCAAGGUGAUAGUGACGGUGAAGACAGUUGAGCUGCCUUUUCUAGUUGGCUAAGAGGAACGAGUCAAAUACUUAUGGAUUACUACCCUAUGGUUAUUUGACAGGGUCGCCUCGAUCUUAAAGUGGAACAUUAGGGAGGACACUUGUGAGGCUUUAUCGUCUGUUUCACACAUCUUAACGCUUUUCCAACUUCUGGCAUUGGACAACAGUUUUGAAGGAAGAUCAUGGCAUCGGAAACCACUCCAGUGUUGUCGAAACAGGUGUUACUUUGGCUGGUUGUAGCAUGCCAGUCUGUGUCAGUGAUGGCUUGUGGCGGGACCUAUGAGUACGCCAUCGAGGAGUUCUGCCUGGGGAAAUUCAGACUGGACAUGGAGGAACUUGACCAGCAUCACUGGUGCAGCUGGGAGGAUACAGUGGAACCUUAUGGUGAGCUCACCAACUGCACCUACCUGAUUGCCCUGAAGAUGGACUGUUUCUGGCCCAACCGGCAGGUGGACGAGUUCUUCAUCCGCAUCCACAAGCACUACUUCCACGACUGCUCCCUGUCGGGACGGCAGCUGCGUGAUCCGCCCAACCAUAUCCUUGGGCCAUUCAUUGUGGUGCCCAUCCUUGUCACGCUGCUCAUGACUGCCCUAGUGGUGUGGAGGAGCAAACGCAGCGAAGGCAUUGUGUAACCCAGGCCAACCCCAAGCUCCAGGCCCCCAGCCAGGGGAGAAGAGGUCUAGAAGAGGCCCCCUUCACCCUCCACCCAGGACGGAGACAGGUAUACAUAACGCUGCUGCUUCUACAGAACAGACAUCAUGGACCAGGCAAGGGACUGGGAGGACUAUCAAAGCCUGUAUCAAGGACAACAUUAUAGACCAUCUAUGUUACUGUCACUCUGUUGGGAGUUGACACUGAGCUACAGCCACAGGAUAUAGGAAAGGACACAGACUACAAGAUGAGGAUUUAUAGAACUACACUGAUUAUAACCUGCAGGAGGACUUGUUUAAAAAUGGAGUGUCUGCUUUCAUUACCCUUUAUCUGCAAAUUCAAUCUAGAUGGAGAAUCACAAGCUGUUAGCCAUGAAGGACAGAUGGAGUCUGAUUGGUUUGAAGGACUUCCUGGGCACAUGAGGUAAUUUCCUGUGCAGUGAGUUGGGAUACUUUGGCACCGCUCCUGAAGUGGACUUUUGACAGUCAGUCACCGAUUGGUUGAUAGAUAGGAUGAUGCUAGGAUGAUGCCAUCAUCUCUGUGCUUUAUGGAUAAUGUCUGUGCACUCUAUACUCACCUCAUAAACACUGUCUGGAUCCAACAUCCCCUGUACCUGCACCUGUCCCUAUCCUUGCUGCUUUCCCUGCCCUGUCCCUGUCUCUAACAGUCAGAACCAACAUAUUUCUACAAUUGCCCUUCAAAUCCUUACUUUGGCAUUGUGCGCUGUAAGUAAUCAAAAUAAUAUUUAAAAAAUCAAAUUUUCCAUGAAUAGAAAGUGAAUAUGAAAAGGAGAUGAUUAAAAAUGACUGAUGUGUGUGAGACAACAUACUGUGCAAAUGCUGAUUAGGGGGGCGUGGUAUGAUUGCUAGUCAGCCUAUUGCAGAUCUGGACAAAUGAUCCACCAACCACUAUUAUCCCUAUGAAUGGUUGAUACAGGGCAGGAAAGGUCUACCCCCGCCCCUUGCAAAUUUUGAAUGUGUACAACAAACUUGGAUUAAAACAAAGACGUGUCAUUGUGAAUCAGUUGCUUUGUAAAAACAGUCUCCGGAACUUUGAUGACUAGUAAGUCUUUUUUUUUUACUCACGCUUUUGGCUGUAUAUGUCAAUGUGUAGUUCAUACAUGCAGAAUUACUGUCUUACCUCAAUGAGCCACGGAAUCCCUAGUUUGAAAGAAAAUGUUUUAUGGAAGAUGUGUGGAGCCAUUUUCCCUACAUUUCCCCCCACGUGGGCCAGCCCCCUAGCAAUUACAGUUCUAGCCAGUGUUUCGUCAGCCCCUCACCAUUUGAGUGACAGCUGCACACACAGCAGAGCGAGGGCGAAAGCAAUGACGUGGUGCACAUAUCUGCACAUAUGUGACGCAGUACGCAAUUUUCAAGGACCACUUUUGGCUCGUGAGUGCUAUUUUCAGAACUGCUUGCUAAAAAGUACACAAAGUACAGGAGAAUCUCUAAACAGUGAUUUUGUAUGAUGACUCUUCUCUGUGUAGCCACACUAGGCUUAAGGUUAGUAGAUUGUUUAGUAAGUUACUGACAAACUGUCAUGUCUGUGUAACAGCAGUGUUGAAGAUUGGUCCCUUUAUUGGGUCCUUAGCAAGGCUAAUGGCAUCAUCACCCGAUAGGGACAUAACCUUUAAGAGCAGAGUAUCCUGCUUAUGGAAUUUUCUGACAUACUCUUUAUCUUAUUAGUACUGAGAGGUAAAUUGUCUGUGUGUCCAGCUGCUUUUCUAAUUGCCUUUAUAUUACCAUGGCUGAGACCCGGCUUUGCCGUCUGAAAGACCUGAACUCCCAAAGCCCCCAUAGCUACCAGUUUACUCCUAUUCACAGGGAAAUACUCUAAUCUCAGCGACAUUUCAACACAGACUUCAAAGCAAUUUGAUUUGCUUUAAGAGAUUUAAUAACUUUAUUGGUCCUCUGCUCAGCUCCCGUAUUCAAAACCCUCCCCUUCAUUAUGAGUCUUGUCAAGCUCGUAUGUAGAACAUAGUGUACUCUGGGAAACACGGUAAGAGGGUUUAGGGUUUCCCAGGAUGAUGGUGUUGAUGUGAGACAUGACCUGUCUUUCAAGUCACUUCAUGGCUACCAACAUGAGUGCUACAGGGCGGUAGUCAUUUAGGCAGGUUACCUUUGCUUUCUUGGGCACAGGGA